AGUGAAUCGCUACUUUUCCAAAUACCUCAAGCCAAAUUUUGGUACUGUUCGACGUAUGAUGCCUGCCGCUGCCGCAAAGCAACCUGCCGUUCCCGUCAAGCCGUCAGCCUCUGAUAAGCUUACUGCCGAGUCUGGAGGAAACAGCCAGCCACUAUGCUUUAACUGCUCCAAGAGGGGCCACAUAAAGCCAAACUGCCCGUAUCCGAUGCGUCCGAAUGGGUCCUGCUUCCGGUGCUGGAAGAUGGGUCACGACCAUCAUUCAUGCACCAAUCCACGGAAAAUUUUGAAGCCGAUUGCCGACCAACCAGUUGCUGCCGUUUACGAAAACGACCUCACCGAGCUGGAAUCGUUCAAUUUUUCCAACUAGCUUUAUGAAGCAAUCGUGUGUGCCAAAUAAUUGCCAAAUUUUACGAGAGCCACAACAUACUUACCGCAGCAUUGGUGGAUUAAAACUAAAAAUAUUGGGUCAAGUCCUUUGUUCUGUGAAAUUUAAAAAUGAAGUAAAAAAUAUCAA